AUGUCGGCAUCUGACACACGUACUCUUUGCUGCAUAGCUGCAAUUACAAUGGAGGUCACCACCAUCCUCGCCGUCCUCGACGACUUCAACAUCAGCCAGGGUGCCCUCCAGCUCACCCCCCACGCCCUCAACAGUGUCGAAUACCUUGUCAACAAGUCCGGCCGCGUCCUCCUAAGCCGCCGUUUCACCCUAUGGCAAGACCUCCCUGGCGGCAAGCGCGUCGCAUCCUUCAGCACCAACUUCUCCAUCAACAUCUACCGCGUCGGCAACACCACCCCCGGCGAGGGCUUAGCCUUCAUGAUCGCCCCGGAGCUCGACAUGCCCGCCCGAAGAGAUGCCGGCUUCCUCGGCCUCACCAACGCCACCCUCAACGGAGACCCCAACAACCACCUCGUCGCCGUCGAGUUCGACACCGUCAAGCAGCCCUACGACCCUGCUGACAACCAUGUCGGCCUCGACGUCAACAACGUCGUCUCCAAAUCCACUAAAGAAGGUAAUAUCUUUAUUGAGGAUAAUUUCUGA